AUGGCGAGACUGUCGCUGCUGGGGGUCUUGACGGCCUUCUGUUUGUGCGUGUUUGUGGCUAGCGGCCACGAGGACCGGGAGGCUAAAUCCCUGCCAGAGGAGGAUGGAGUUUUACGGUUGGAGAAGGCGAAUUUCAACACAGCGCUGAAGAAAUACAAACAGCUUUUGGUGCAUUUCUACGCUCCACUGUCCGGAGACACGCACCGUUUGUCUGAAGUGUUUCAAAAAGCUGCGGCAGAUCUUCAGGGGUCGGAGGUCAAACUGGCCUCGGUGGACGUGACGAAAGAUAAGGAGCUGGCAAAAGAACUUAACGCAACAUCGGCCCCGAACAUCAGACUUUACCUUUUUGGGGAUAAACACAACGCCGUUCCCUGCCCUGUUCCGCAGAGCUCCGCCUCUAUUGUGACGUGGUUGAAAAGGAGGGCGGGGUCUGCUGCCGACCUCGUCAUCGCCGAUCUGAGCCAAUCGGUGAGCUUCGAGGAGCCUCGAGUGAUCGGAUUCUUUACGGACCUGACCAGUGAGUGUGUCCAGGUGUUUUACGCGGCUGCAGUGAACCUCCCAGACGUUAGCUUUGAAGUGACGCAAAACAGUGAUGUCAUCAGCAAAUAUGGCGUCACGUAUGAUGCCGUGCUGCUUUUUAAACGGUCGGAGCUGGUCCAGGUCUUCCAGAUGACCCCUCAGACCCCCGCUGAGGACCUCAUCACGUUUGUCACCGUCUACCAGAUGGAUCCAGUUACGGAAUAUUCGGGAAAGACGGCGCCUCGGCUUUUGUCGUCACCCGUUUUGAACCACGCCCUCCUUUUUGUCAACAAAAGCUCGGCGGAUUUCCAAGAACUUUACUCAGAAUUCCAUCAUGCCGCAGAGGCCUUCAGGAUGAAGAUUUUGUUUGUCCUGGUGAACGUCUUUGAGCCGCGUAACGGCCGCCUGAUGGAGUACUUCCGCGUCCGAGACUUCGAGGCCCCUCUGGUGCGAUUGGUCAACCUGACCGACCAUGUGACCUACCACCUGCCCUCUGACACGCUGGAUGCGGACACCAUCAAGACCUUCUGCCAGUCCUACUUGGAAGGCAAAGCCAAGCCAAAGAUGCAGAGCGAGCCGAUACCAGACGGAUGGGACAAACGUCCAGUGAAGGAGCUGGUAGGAAGUACUUUUGAAGAAGUGGCCUUCCAUCCCAACAAGACGGUUUUUGUCUUGUUUUACGUUCCUUACAGUCCAGAGUCCCGUGGCGUCUUCCCGCUGUGGGAGGAGCUUGCCCGGGCCUUGGAGGAGCGUGACGAUGUGGUCGUCGCUCGCAUGGAUGCCUCGGCCAAUGACAUCAACAUGUCGGUGCAGAGGGCCUACCCGUCGUUCUGGCUCUUCCCGGCGCUUCACGCUGAGCGAGCGCUGAUUUACACGGGCGAGAGGAAGCUGAAGGACUUGCUUGAUUUCGUCUACAGAGAGAUGGAGAAAGCCAAAAAAGACAGAAUAAGGGAGGAUGACGACAGAAAGAAGUACAGGGAGGCCUUGAAAGCCGAAGAGGAGAAGAAGAAAUCCAACGCGACCAAAGAUGAGCUUUAAACUUUAUAGAUUUAUG